CGAGGAAUGACAUGCUGCCCUCAGUAACACGAGCGAUAUGGAGCUCUCUCUCUCUCUCUCUCUCUCUCUCUCUCUCUCUCUGUUGGGCAACUGCAUGAAGACAUCACCAGCGGCUCCGUCUCCGAUGCAAGUCAUCGUCACUUCCAGCCUCCGACACACCGCCAAUUUCCCACGCAGGAGCAGUAGCGGAUAUGGGCAGAAAGAAAAUAAAAAGACAUCACAACUAAACAAUGUGACGGGUUCAUCGACCCCCAAUCGGCAGGCACGCCCGGCCGGUACUGCGGACAGGUAUACAGGUAUCUUGCAGUGUCGUACCUGCUAAAGCUGCACUCCUCUUGCCUAAGGUGCCUAGGCUAAUAAGGCAUGUACUACCUGUGCUACAAGGCAUCCGGAAGGAAAGGGCACAUCUGCACUCUGCACUCUGCACUCUGCACG